AUGGUCUCCAUCAAUGAUAUGCCACCCGAGAUUCUCGAGCACAUCUGCUCGUACUUGGUGAUGUCCAAGUUUGAUGCGCAUCCGUGGAAGCACCGUCUGGCCACUUGGUCAAUUGCAGGGAUCAUAUUAUCAGAGACGCAGCGUCAAAAGCGUCUGUUGACCGUUACUGAACGGAACCCCAAUACUCUACCUGUUACUCCGUGCGCCACCUGCACUUGUCGCACGAACAAGAAGGUGAGGGUGGACAAACUGGUCAAGCGGUGUUAUGUUGGUAUGGACCGCGGUAUUGGGGAGCGCUCUCCUCCGUCGACGGCCCAAGAGAGACGUUAUCAGGCCAGCAGGGCGGCGGACUUGGCUGGAAUUACCUUGCCGCUCCCUGAAGAUGCGGAGAGCAACGUUUCUGUCCAAGCUAGCCUCGUACUCGCUCGGCAUCCCAAUAUCACAGAGUUGGGGUUGAGAGGGAACACGCAGGAUCUUGCCCGGGUUUGCGACUUGAAGAGAAGCGACGGUGGACCCCUACUUCCAUUCCUCGAAUCCAUCCUCGUCAGCUCAAGUUUAGGACGCCUUGAGGAUCCGUAUCUUUGCGAGCUGGAGUCGUCGCAUCUGACCAAAAUUCUAAACCUCGGCGCGGAAGUCUCGGACAUUUUCAUCGAGAAUUUCUGGAUAUCGCUCACCCACGACCUUGCGACCCAGCAUGUGACUGCCAUUACACUAAACAACGUCGCUGCCAGCGUCGACGACGUAAAAAAGCUCUUGAAAAAUGCCCGCGGCCUAAGGAGUUUCGCCAUGGACAUCUGGGAAGGGCAUGUCUUCGCCUCUGAUGUUAUUACCGAGUUAGAGGAGCAUUGCCCGGCUCUGGAAACGCUUUGUCUCAAGUUCGUUCCCCCAGGAUGUUCAAAAGAGGCGUAUAUUGGAGAUGGCGACCCGUUCUCGCUGCGCAACUUCAACAACAUACGGAAUGUUUGGAUCGACAAUUGGAGCAUUCUUAGGUCUAUCCAGGAAAAGCCAGGACCGGUCACACGCCCGCUUAACCCGGGACGUCACGAUUGGACAAGCCGCUGCAAUGAAUUCAUGUCGACGCUUCCAGAGUCAGUGGAGCGGCUUCAUUUCAGCGGCUCCGUUUUUCCCUCAAUCUAUGAAUCGGUAAAUGAGGAAUAUUCUCUGAUAGAGGACUUCGAGGCUCUUGCGGUAGAUCACAAGUCCGGUCGCUACCCCAAGUUGCGAGAAGUGGCAGUAGAGGGAACCGGUGGCGUAGAGCUGGUGAGAAAAGCUUUAGAAGAUUGUGGUUUACGUGUUCUUUCUAAGGCGGAGAAGAGGCCAUUUCUGUGGUUCUGA